AUAAAAGUUAUAAAAACGUAAAUUUUGUUUAUAUCAGCCGUUGGUAUACAUUAAACUGACCAUAUCAAGAAUAAUAUUUGUUUUAAUUAGGCCAUUAAAUUAAAUAUGAAAUUAUUUUUUAUUUCCUCUUCUGCACGAGUGAUACCGGCCUUCAUCAAAAAGAGAUGAUUACCUUAUGGGGAAGUAGAUCAAUGGUGCACAGAUUGAAAACAUGAAACAACUGUAGGUAAACGUGGAUUGGACUUGUAACUUCCUGUUCUCACAAUAUUUACCAUCAUCUAGAAAAUUCUGAAAGAUCCCAAUCUGAGUCUCUAAUUAAUCAGAGAUAAGGAAUUCUUUAGAAUUGUGUGGAAGGAUGGGUUUACCGUUGAACCAGAAGGCGGGCUACAGCAUUGGUCACGUCCUGAAUGAUCUGACGGCCUCAGUGUGGUUCAGUUAUCUCAUUGUAUACUUUCAUCAAGUUUUGAAUUUCAACAACAACCUGGCGGGAUAUUUAAUGCUGAUUGGACAAGUGAGUGAUGCAUUGUUCACCCCAUUCAUUGGCUAUGAAUCUGACAACACUAAAGGUAUCUGUGGAUUGGGAAGGAGAAAAUCUUGGCAUCUUGUUGGAACAAUCUCAGUGGCUUGCAGUUAUCCCUUUGUCUUCAAUGACUGUAUUGAUUGUUCAGAUGCUCCGGACUGGUCCAAGUUUAUCUAUUUUGCUCCUUUUGUGGUCAUCUUCCAGUUUGGUUGGGCAGCCACACAAAUUUCACACCUGUCACUCAUACCUGAUCUGACACCUGAUGAAAAUGAGAGAGUAGAACUCAACGGACUCAGGUAUGCCUUCACUGUGUUGUCCAAUCUGGCUGUGUUUGGCAUCUUCUGGUUGUUGUUCAUAGUUAAUGGUAGCCAUGAGGACAACAUGGGAAGCCAGCUAACAUCAGUUGAUGCCAUCAAAUUUAGGAAUCUCGUGUUCAUUAUCGUUGGAAUGGGCAUCGUCUUUAGUAUCCUCUUCCUGUUCAUCGUUCGUGAGCCUGUGCAGCAUGAAGAUGCCCAAAUUGCAGAUGGAUACUCCACAACUAUUGAAAAAUCCACAGUUCUCCGCAACAGAAUGACAUGGACUUGCUGGUUAAAAACAAGGCAGUUUUAUCAGAUUGCUAUGGUUUAUAUGUGCACCAGAUUGUUUGUAAAUGUGUCUCAGAUUUAUCUCCCUUUAUAUGUGACAGAAACCCUAAAAUUACCAAAGGAUAGUGUAGCCAUUUGUCCACUAAUUGUGUAUGUGUCAGGCUUUUUUGCCUCCCUUGCCAUGAGGCCAAUCAACUCUAAACUUGGAAGAAAGGCAACCUAUAUUGUGGGUCUGGUGUUUGGGAUAGGAGCCUGCUCCUGGAUUUACUUCCUGAAUGAACACAAUGCAAAACAGGUUUAUGGUGCUGUUGUCCUGCUGGGCCUGGGAGGAUCUACAAUGUUAGUGACUUCUCUGGCCAUGACCUCUGACCUUAUAGCGUGUAAUGUGGAAUCAGGGGCAUUUGUUUAUGGUGCCAUGAGUUUUACAGACAAAUUAUCAAAUGGGGUUGCAGUUGUUUUAAUACAGCACCUACAUCCCUGUGUAGCUUGUUGUCCGAGCUGUAAGGGAUAUUACCGCCUGGUGUUGACCUUUGUCCCAGGGGGUGUGGCUGUUGUGGCCUUCCUGGCUUUGUUGACUUUACUUCCAAGCAAAAUAGGAGUUAGACCAAACAAAGUAAACCCCAUGAAAAGUCUGGUUGAGAACGGCAUCACAGCUUCCUCCCCUGGGGACAGUAGUGACAGUGAGAGAGAACCUCUCCUCCACAACAGACCUAUCAAUUCCCAGUAGCAUGUUGCUUUCUAAACAUUUCUUUGACACUGUUAUGAUAGACUCCAUACUGUUCAUCAUGUUCCAUUACUCAUAGUGAUCUGUAAUUUUUUUCUCCUGUGACUUGUUUUGACAUGCAUGUAUGGCUUUACAGACAGUGCAUUAAAAAAAGCUGUCACUGGAGUAAAGGCAGACAACUCUUCCAUUGAUGAAGAAACAAGGUAUCUACUAGGAGAAAGCAGUACUCAAAAUCCAUACAUGUAGGCUUGGAUAUAAAAUACAUGUGCAAGUAUGCUGCAAAUAUGUGUCUCUUACUUUUACUAUGUAUAAAGUUUUAUGUGGUAUGUAUUGUGAAUGUAUUCAUUUAAAAUACUGAGGUGCAUUCAUAUUAAAUUUGAUAUACAUCGGGGUUCAACAUCAAAGCUAAUCAUGCAGACGAAAGCUGGUGAAAAUACUACCAGACAAGCUAAUUGUUAACUGCAGGCUGUAAGUUACAACUUUGUACUAAAAGAGAAAGUGUUUUGAAACAUUCCUUUAGGUGCAGUUGAAAUUGACAACUGUAUACAUUCCUCCCUAUAUAAUCCUAUAUGAAUUAGGAGAAAGUGUAUAAAAGGGGGUCCUUGAUUUAAGUCUAAUUCAUUAAAAAAAAAAUAAGACGGGCACUCACAAUCAUGUAUGAUAAGUUGUACAAUUAUUGAACAUAAUAAUGUGCUAAUAAAAUUGGGGAGGGGGUGGGGGGAUCCCCCAGCCCAAAAUCAAGGAAGUUUAUAGUGGACAAGAAUGUAAAUUGACUUAUACAUAUAGGGCAAAAUUAUAGUAAAAUGAACACACCAAAUGUGACAUUUAGGUUUUCCCAUGCAGUACAUCAUAGCCUACAAUAUGCUCUGAAAUUAUUGCAUAAUGUGUGGACUAUUUAUAGAAAGUGUGCACAAUGACUUCCUGCUUCUCUACAUUCAUAAGAAUAUCGACAUCGAUCUUGAAGCAGAUGUAAAUAUGUAUGCUCAGAUAUCCUAGGAGAAUGCCAUUUAUCACAUUACAUGGAAUGAAAUUCAAUUUUAGGGGUGGAGAAAGGAUGUCUUUGUGCAUCAAUAUUUUACAAUGCUUAUAACUGCUUCAAUAUCAAUGUCUGUAACCUUGUGAAGUGUAAUGUACUCUGUCUCUCUUGUCAGAUCUCUUUAAAACUGCGAUUAAUUUAAGUGGUGUCAAUAUUUUAAGUUUGUCAUGUUUUGUGGGCAUCAAAAUAUUUGGCAUUUUAAAAUACAUUUUUAAAACAGGAAAUAUUUACUCAUAAAUCAUAGAGAGUGCUUUCAGAAUGCAACAUUUUGGUUCUUCCAUGGCCCGGGUGCUUGCACCUACCCCCUUUCACACCUCGGUGAUUUGGCUAUCUGUAAAUCCCUCAGAAUAUGCUGUUAGGUAAACAAAUUUUGAAGAAAAAAUAAUGUAUGCAUGCAUUUUUUGAAUAUGCACAUUUUCCAAACUUGUGAGAAGGCAUUCCCCAGACUCAUAAGAAACUUGAAGCUCUCAGCUUGGUUGACUAGUUAAUUUCAGAAUCUGGGAUAUUUAAUUUACAUGCGUAUACUCACUAGGCCUGUGGACUUCUCUGUCUUCAAAAUGUUAGUGUCAAACCUUGUACAUGUACAUUAAUGUUAGUGUCAAACCUUGUACAUGUACAUUAAUGUUAGUGUCAAACCUUGUACAUGUACAUUAAUGUUAGUGUCAAACCUUGUACAUGUACAUUAAUGAAGUUAAUGUUAGUGUCAAACCUGUACAUGUACAUUAAUGAAGUUAAUGUUAGUGUCAAACCUGUACAUGUACAUUAAUGUUAGUGUCAAACCUUGUACAUGUACAUUAAUGAAGUUAAACCUUUUUAAUUUUCCAUUCUAAAUGCAGCCAUGCACUGCAGUAGGGAAAGGGCUUGCAUAGAUACUGCUCCUGCUGCUUAAUUCUAAUUAUGUAUGUAGUGUUGAAAUAAAAUAAUUCAAAGUCAGCACUGCAAUUUUAUUAGACCAUUAUUGAAUUUUCUAAGACUGCAUGGGGUUUAUAUUGUUAAUGUAUUUGACUUUUAUCUUAAUCUAGCCUACUAAGUCCAUAGUUUGACAUAAAAGAUUCCCAUUAUGAUAUAACAAUAUGAAAUUCUAAUUAAAAAUAUUACCAAUAUGUAUAUUGGAGGGGUGGGGGGUGCAGCCAAUGGCAUUUUUAUAGAUACAGGACUGUUCAAGAGACUUGAUAUUGUAUGUGUUCUAACAGUCACAUGCAUCAGAAAAUACCAUGAGAUAUAUUAUAUAUAUAUACAUGUAUGUCUGUGUGUGUGUGUGUGUGUGUGUGCGUAUGUGCAAAAUUAAAACUUCGAUCACAAAUAAAACUGGCUAUUAAAGUGGAAUGCUAUGGCAACUUCAGUAAUUAAAGGAUGAUUGCAUGUAGGCAAUUACCAUUAAUUUUUUCUUCUUCUGGUCUUGGAGAUUAUUAGUUAUACUGAUAGGUGUUAUGUGGUGCAUUAAAUUGGAUUGUUGAAAAUUGCUUUAAAUUUAUAUAAGAAUUUGUUGUACAAACUUUACAAUAUUAGCUUGCAUACAUGUGUAUGUGUCAACAGCAAAAUGUUAAAAAUCAAACACUAUUCAUUUACUAAAAGUGAAACAAGAUGCACUCUUAUAAAUGAGGAUUUAUUCUGAACUUGUAUAUAGUAUUACAUGUAAAUAAAUUGUAGUUUUACAUGAAUUUAGUAUUUCCCCAGUGUAUUUGUGAUCUUCCUGUUACAAGCAUAAAUUCUAUAUUUGUAUACUCAUUUUCAUUGGAUUGUAAUGAAUUUGUUUACAGUGUGGUUCUACAUGUAUGUGUGUAUUGAAGGAUAACUGUUACAGUGCCUGUAAAAUGUAUGUAGUAUGUGGUGUAUGUUUUGAUACCAAACAUAUGUACUAUACAUGUGUGUUAAUACCAAGUGGAAUGCAUGUUUAUUACAAAAAAAACAUUACAUUUCCCAUGCAAUUGUUUAAUUCAUGUUCUCACUCUACAAUAUCAUGCUUUAUUAUACAUGCCACAGUUAUGAUUGUGUUUGUUUUUCUGUAAUGAAAUGGUUAAUGUGUUUAUGUACAAACAACAGAAUAUGUUUGUUACAUAUAAUAUACAUGUAUAUUUAUUUAUUAAAUGCAUGUUCAUUUUUAAUGUUUCCUCUUACAUCACACAGCUAUAAUAAAUGUGUGUAUCUCCGAGUGAACAUGUGUACAUAUAUACUCAAGGAAGUCGGGACUGUGAUGCAAGCUAGUAUAAUUAUGUUGAUAAUUCUUUUAUAAGUUUUAUAAUAUGUUAUUUUAUAAUACAUGUACAAUUAAUUCAUAUAUUUCAUAAACGAACAAUAAACAUGAUGAAUGUACAUUGCACAUGGUAAUUAUAUUUUCAGGGGUAUUUUAAAAUAUGAUCAUAUCAAAAGUCAAAAUAUUGUUUAAACCACUCUACAAUAUGCAUAUUUUGUAUGGUAUCAAACAAUAUUAGUCUGGUCCCCGCCCCCGCCACUAUUUGAUCAUUCGUUUUGGGUGUCAAAGAGUGGCGGGGGCAAGGACCAGACUAACAAUAUGAUGUGCAAUGUGCUAGAAAUCUAACAUGCAAGGCAUUGUUGUGAAAAAAAUUCAAAUUAUUUUCAUCUCACAAACCCAACAUAACACUGUACCAUUGUGCUUAACAUGUACAAAACUAUGUGUAAAUGUACUCAGUUUAAAAAGCAUUUUGUAAUGGCACCUGGUAUUGGUUUUGAAAUUGUGCAGUAUAUUUGCUAUUAAUAAACUGUAUGUACUUUAUAUUAUGGAGCAAUAGUAUUAAAUAAAAACAGAAAAAGCACUCCUACUGAGUGUAUUCUGAAAUGUUUGAA